CAUUUCCGGUGGGGGCGCCGGGGACGAAGCUGCAGGAGAGCUACGGCGCCUACGCCCACAGUUGUCGUCACUUGGGACCGACGUUUUAUUCAAAAAUUACUCAUAAUUUUUUGAAGCUAAAAACAUGAGAAGAAUCAAAUAUUGUAAGGAAGGAGAAGUAUGAUUUGCCGGCGCCACCCCUCUUUUCCGUGCGGGCGCGGCGAAUGGCGGGUCCCGAGGUCGCAGUUUCCGCUGGCGCUGGUGGCUGAGCUCCUUGCUGCCCUUGGUCGCCGGGUCGUUGUUGACAUCGGGGUCGCAGCAAUCAUGGUGAACUUCAUUCAGAUUGUGCGUGACCACUGGGUUCAUGUACUUGUCCCUAUGGGAUUUGUCAUUGGAUGCUAUCUAGACAGAAAGAAUGAUGAAAAGCUAACUGCCUUCCGGAACAAGAGUAUGUUAUAUAGAAGGGAAUUGAGACCCAAUGAAGAAGUUACCUGGAAGUAAAAACUGGCUGAAUUGCAGAAUGUUCACAUUUUAAAAGUUAUUAGAGAAAUAAAAACAUGUUUAUUAAGAAUUUGAA